ACAGCCAGGCUGGCUUUUCUCCUCCUAGCCAGCCCAGUGACCUUCUUCCCUUUUGCUGACCACUCCCUGGGGCUGGCCUCCCAGCUGCUCACAAACAGCCAUCCAGCCAGCUCUGGGAAGGAGGCUGCCCACAGGCUCUCCCUCAGACCCCCAGCUGGCUGCUGCUUCCCCAAGAGGAAAGUGCUCUUCGGAGAGCUUGACAGGUGCAGAACCCCAGCCAUGCUGGCCUUCCUGUUCUGUGGCAUGCUUCUGGCGGCCUGUGGCUCUGUCACCUGGGCCCUGCGGAAUCCCGACGAGUCCAGCUUCGACUUAGCAGAGAUCGGGCCUGACCUGGCUGAGAAGAUAAACGAAACUCAUGCCAAAGUGCUGGAGAUCUGGAUGGAGCUGAGACAGCUGCGGGAGGCGGAUGCCAUGGAGAUGCAUGCAAUCUGCCAAGUGCAGCCCUCAGCCUCGCUGGCCGCAGAUCAGCCGCGGGUCACCGGCCUGGUCCUCUUCAAGCAGCUGUCACCCAGCUCCAGGCUUGAGGCCUUCUUCGAUCUGGAGGGCUUCCCCGCCGAGCCAAACGCCUCCAGCCGCGCCAUCCACGUGCAUCAGUUCGGGGACCUGAGCCAGGGCUGCGAGUCCACCGGGCCUCACUACAACCCCGCGGGCGUGCAGCACCCGCGGCACCCGGGCGACUUCGGCAACUUCAUGGUGCGCGACGGCCGCCUCUGGAAGCACCGCACCGGCCUGAACGCUUCGCUGGCCGGGCCGCACUCGAUCCUGGGCCGCGCGGUGGUGGUCCACGCCGGCGAGGAUGACAUGGGCCGCGGCGGUAACCAGGCCAGCCUGGAGAAUGGCAACGCCGGGCGUCGGCUGGCCUGCUGCGUGGUGGCUUCCAGCAGUGCGGCGGCCUGGGAGCGGCAGGUGAAGGAGCGCAGGAAGCGGCGGCAGGAGAGAGACUGCAAGUCGGCUUAAGCGUCGCUCCCGGCUGCAGAGCCCAGACGCGUUGCGCAGAGAUGUCUCCGCGCGCCCCAGUCGCCUCCACGCAUCCCAGACAGAUGCCUUCCAGGCACCCCAGUCGCCCCUGCGAGCCCCACAGGCUUCCCCCUACCCCUGACACCUCUGCACGGUCCCAGAUGCCUUCUCGACCCUCCCUCUCCCUCCGUCACUUCCGUGCUCCCCGGAUGUCCCCCCACGUGGACCAGACACCGUUUCUCUAUGACCUAGGACAUCUCCAGUGACCCAAGAAUCCUUUAGUGCCCUAGGCACUUCCAAAGACACAGAGGUCCUUCUAUCGCAGACAUCUCCGAAUGAUGGAGGUCCCCCUCCAUGCUGGACGCUCCACCUUAAGGGCCCUCCGCGUCCCGACAGUCACACAGGCCCUUAGGAUCUCUUUGGAACAAUUAUUUGAGUCUGUUUUUUUCCAGAAGAAAUACCCCUCUCCCUGCUGAGAACGCAAAUGCUCAGACACUUUCACUCUGAGGAUCACCUUUGAGGACCCCCCCAACACACACACACACACACGCACACACACACACACACCCUAAAGUACUCCCCACCCCGACUUCCUCUUUUCUUUCCCGUCCCCCUAAAAUAAGAGACCCCUCUCUUCUCUAGUGACCUCUCUUUCUUCCUUUUGCUCCCCCAAGGUGCUCUGAGACCACCCCUAGGGUCCCAUGUCCCCUCCUUGGCCCUGUUUUCAGCCGUUCCCUAUGGUGCCUGUAACCCGCGGAUAGCAGCUCCUGGGAGGGUAUUUGGCAACCUUGGUGUUGCACAUUAAAAACACAGCAAUUUAGCCCUG